AUGAAUAUCAUCGCAUGCCACCAGAUAUCCAUCGUCAUCUGCUUUCUAUUGCUCAUCUCCACUGCAAACAUCUCAACUGCCUUCGUCUUCGGCUCAAACAUCCGCACAAACCUCGAUGGUUUCAAUAACUUUACGUCGACGUCAUCGAUGACGUCAUCAUCCUCAUUAACAUCUUCGCCAUCAUUGUUGUCUUCUUCGUCAUCAUUUGCGUCAGAUGUUUUGUCGAUUUUGAUCCCACCGAUCUCACUGUCGACCUCGAGACCACCGCUGUCUGUUAGUGAAGAUUCGUUUGGUGAUGAACGUGAUGAUGGUAAGGAGCUCAACGAUGCUGACGAAGAAAAAUUUGCUGACAACAUCAACAACAACAACAACAACAACGAGAUCUCGGAUAACACAAUUGAUAUUAGUCCUAAGUUGGAUCAAAGAAGUUUCAAAAGCAUCGACGAUAAAAUAAUUGACAAAAAUAAUUUUAUUGAUGACAUCAACGCUGACAACAAUAACAACCUCAAAGAUAGCAAAGGAAAAUAUAAUAGUAGCGCAAAUAACCUUGAAGCCUACAACAAAAACAACUUCAACUUUAUGAAGGAUGACAACAUUCAGAGCAGCAACAACCAAUUCAUGAAUUCCAAUAACCCAGCACCCCCCAGUAAGAACCCCGAGGCCAUCAACAACGGCAACCACAACAACACCACCAAGCUGCGCAGACGAACAAGACGAACGACAACAACGACAACGACAUUGAUCAUGCUCACUUCCAAUGAGAACAACGACGAUGACAACGACGGUUAUAAUAUAUUACUGUGGCUGCCUUACGUCAUAUUCACCGUUGUUUUACUUUCACUUAUUCUCAUGUCAUUUGUCAGAUUUCACUGUCAACGAGGUGAUCAAUACAGAAGAAGAAGGGAAGAGUUGGAAGACAAACCUGUCCUAAACGGAGGCAAACCACCAUUUUCUUCAGUAAACACCGGCCCCAUUCAAACCACCGCUAUUGUAAAAAAAAAUUUCGGGACCGAAAAAUAUCCAACCAUCGCGAAAACAGUUCCAGAUCAUCUCUCCCUCUUUCUUAAGUUUUCUCAAGAAGAUGAGGAGAAAGUUUCAAAAAAACAUUCCUAUGUAAUAAGGGAGAACAAUGAAACAACUGGUCGUCGCACGCGUAAUCGAAGGCACUCAUCAGAAGAUCCUUCGCUCGAAUCUUUCAACAAAACCAUGACCACUUCAACCACCAUGACUCAACCUAAAAUAGCGCCUUAUUUGAGUCGAUCCUCCCAGUAUAAUAAAUCGUCCUCAUCUGAAGCUCCAAUUCUCAAUACGGAAACAAAAACGUAUAAGAAAAACCAAACGAUAGCUCAAUUGUUACCAAAAUCUCGCAACGUUGCUUUCACGUUCAAUUCUAACGGCAGCAUGGUAGACGUCAGAUGUAUAAACGAAGAACGAUCUAACACUUUCAGAUUGAGUGAAGCGUCUGAAUUGAAUCUAAUUCCAAACAAAGACACGGUCUCUACAAGGAAUACGGACAGCUUAAAUUCACGAGACAGUCAUCGUACUCCGGUUCAGAAAUCAAGUUUUAAAUCGGACCGCUCCCGCAACUCUCAAAAUAAAACUCAGAGGGUAAAAAGUUUUGUUGAAACUAGCGGAAGCAAUAUCCCUCAAUAUGAAGAAGAAACAUUUCAGCAACACAACAUACAACCAAUACCACAACCACAACUGGAGCUACAACAGUUGCAACAAUUACAACAAAUUAAUCAACAACUGUUUCAGCAGCAGCAACAAAAACAACAACUACAACAACAACAACUGCAACAGCAACUACAACAUCGUCAAGCAAAUGAACCACCUCAACAGAAGUGUUCCCCCUAUCAGCUGCAACAGUCUCAGCAACCACCUUAUUAUCCAGACAACACGUCAAACGCAACAAACAACAGUAGCAAAACGUCAACACCUCUCAAGAUGAUCGAUGCUGCAACUUCUCCAGGACUUGUCAUCAAGUCCAGGAACCAACGAUUCAAUAUGCCCAUAAUGGUUCAAAUGCAAUAA